UUCUGUUGUCAUUGCAUUUUUGAUCAAAUAAAUGCAGCUUUGGAGAGCCAAUGUCUUUAAAAAAAAAAAAAAAACACAUUUAAAACGUCAUAAUUAUUCCAAUCUUCUGACUGGUAGUGUAUUAAAGAAAAUUUAGAACCCAGAAAAAAAAGAUUUGGUUUGUUUAAAUUAAUAAACUAUUUGUAUUAUAUUAAAAAUAUAUAUGCAUUUUGUUAUUUGACUCAUUCACAAGUGUCUGCGUGUGACACUCUGACCUGUCACGGCCAGCUCACCUCCUGCUCAUGUAGAGCACUUCACUGUCCCACAUUACCCCGGCAACCCACUAAAAUAAGGACCUGACAAAGAGGGAGGGAGAGAAAAGAAUGGAAAGAAAAACAAAAAAAGCUGUUGUUGUUUUUUUUUUUACACAGUGACAUACGGAGAACGAUUUAACAACCACAAGGAUGUAAAAAUCUACAUACAUUCCUGUCUUUUUUGGUAGAUUUUGAAUGUAUCGGAGCAGAGAAAUGCUGUAGGCAGUGUGUAUUUUGCAUGGUGCUGGUUUGUGUGUAUCAGGAUGGUUGUAUUCUCUCUCUUACCUUUGGGCCCAUAGAAGAGAGAGAGAGAGAGCUUCGGCCCUGAAUGACUCUCAUCCAAAAACAUGGGCAUUGUGGUGUCCAGAGCUGAUAAAUGUAGUUUGGUUAGCUCCACUGGCUCGCGGGGCUCUCUGCAGGUUCAGAACAGCGCCCCCUGUAGGGAGAUGAAUGGAACUGUCAAACUCUCCCAAAUUAAUCUCAUUGAAUCUUCUCAGAACACUGAAGAGCUUCUGAUUCCUGCACUUCCAGAAAAGGCAAAUAUAGAAAGAGGUUAUGUGACCCCACAGCAGGUAUACAACCUCCUAAAUGCUGAAGCGGGCCAGCCUUCACUGCAUGAUCCCUAUUAUAUACUUAUACUGGACUGCCGCUCUGCAGAGAGAUAUAAGCAGAGUCAUCUGGUCACAGCCCGUGCCAGUGUGACGGUGAUGCAUCCAGAACUGGGCUGUUUGAUAAGCUGUGUUCAGCUGCAGGAGUUUUCUAUAAUACUGCUAUAUGCUGAAGAAGGCCAAAGUCCAGUUGGCAGUCAGGAGGCACGCACUGACUCUCCUACUCUCCAGCACUGUUUCUUCCAGCUGAGUGCUUUGGGAAUGGACCCUGUAAUCCUCCAGGGGGGCUAUUCUGCUUUUCACUCUUUCUAUCCCUUUCUGUGCACCCCUCGCAUGGUCCUAUUGGAGUCAGAGCGUCAUUCCCUCACCAUCUAUCCCUCUGAAAUCCUGGAGGGGGCGCUGUACCAGGGCUCUGCCUCACAGGCACAUGACUACAGAAUCAUCAAAAACCUCCACAUCACACAUGUGGUCAAUGCCACAGCUGAAAUCUCAGAUGCCUUCCCAGGUGUUUUACGCUAUCUUUGGCUACGGCUAAGUGAUGACGCACAGCAGGAUCUUCGGCAGGCCCUUCCUGAAGCUUCUCGGUUCAUUGCUGAGGCUUUGCGGGGGGCACCAGGCGGCCGGGUGUUGGUGCACUGCAGCCUCGGCCGGAGUCGUAGCUCAGUGCUGACGUUGGGAUUCCUGAUGGAGCAUCGCCGUUGGUCUUUGCUACAUGCUUUUCGUUGGCUAAAGGAAAGACGUGCUUGCGCUGCCCCAAAUGCUGGGUUUCUUCAGCAGCUCUCUGACUAUGAGGAACUGCUGUUUGGUCAUCGGCUCACCUCACUGGAUGACAUCCGUCUCUGAGAAAUAUUGAAGGAAAAUAUAUAAUUUGACAGACUGAAGAAAAGCUUUGUUCAUCAUAUGAUGACUUAAACACAAACAUCCAUUAAUCUCACACAAAUGGAUGUGUGGAUGGCCUUAUUCCAGUAAGAAUGGAAAAGGUAAAAUAGAAUGUAUCAAGGAAUACUAGUGAAUAUAUUUUAUCAUAAGCCAAAGAAAGAAGACAAAUAUCAUUAUACAAUGCUAAUUUUUCAUAUUUGCUCAAAACUAGCAAGAUGAACAUUCAAUCAGGAUGAGGGGGAAAAAGCAAAAAAGUAAUUGUUUUUGAUGUGAUUUCACUGUUUAAACAGGUACAAAACAGUAAAUGCUUUUUUACAUUUUUUUUUCUUUUAGGAUGAGGGACUAAAGGUGACAAAAUGUAUUUGUGUCUAGUUUAGGUUUGUAAUGAUAUAAAUGUUUUGUUUUUAAGCUUCUUCCAAUAAAGGAGAGAGAUCUAUUGACAAAAAGGCAAUAAAGUCAGUAAAAAAAAAACAAGUUUGAAUCAGUGGAGUAAACACAAACAGCACAGAACAUACACAGCUGCAGUCUGCAGUGUUGGAUCUUUUUUCUUCCCUUAAUGAUUUACACUGAGGACUGGGAUGAAGAAAAAGUUUGGAAUCAGUCUCACAGGAGCAUGCACAAUUCAUUUUAGUAGUACAGCAAGAUGUUCGGCUAGUUUUGCGAUGACAGGAGUAUUACAAGAAUUCAUAAUUGAUUAAAAAAAUUCUAAUUGAAAAACAUACUGGAGACAGCUCUCAAAGGAUUGUGCUAAAAAAAAAUAUUCUUUUGUAAAUGAGCAUUUAAAAAAAAUACAGAAUUUUUCUUUUUUUAUUAUUUUAAAUGCUCAAUAUUUUUUUACAUCAAUUAUACACUGAGUG